CGAACCCGCCCGAGCUCCCAACUCUACUUACCGACCUUCCGUCUGCUUCGCCCUUGUUGCAAUGGCUCGUAAUGAGGAGAAGGCUCAGUCUAUGCUGUACCGGUUCCGGGAAGCCCAAGCUGCCGAGCUUGGGCUGGGGACGCGGAGCGACCGCAGGCCGCGGAUGGCAAGCGCAUGCAAAAGUUUGCGGGAGUGUGAACGAUGGAGAGGAGAGAUAUUGCGCGAGAUCAGUCGGAAGGUGUCCAAAAUUCAAGAUGCCGGUUUGACGGACUAUGAGAUUCGUGAUCUCAAUGACGAGAUCAAUCGCUUGCUGCGCGAAAAGAGACAUUGGGAGAACCAGAUUGUCGCGCUCGGUGGCGCGAAUUACCGGCGGAAUGUGGCCAUGUUGGAUGACGACGGGAAGGAGGUGCCGGGGACGAAGGGAUACAAAUACUUCGGGCGUGCGAAGGAGCUUCCGGGUGUCAAGGAACUGUUCAUGAGCAAGAAGACGGAGGAGGACGAGGAGAACAGGGUUCACAACUACUACAAGAAGUUCACGAACCAAGGGCCCGCGUACUUCGGGGAUUUGGAUGAGGCGGAAGGGAAGCUAUUGGAGUUUGAGAUGAAUGCAGAGGAAGAAGAGUGGAAAGACGCAUACAAUCAUCUCCGCACAGUCCUUGGCCUGUCAACAGACGAGCCCAUUCCCCCAAUACCGCGACCAGCCAAACAGGCCGCGACAAUAUCUAUCUCCGACGCCAGCUCAGGGCCACCGGAACCAAAGCGCAAAGCGCCAGAUGAAGACGGCGACGUCGAGAUGCCCCCAGACGGCUCUCUCGAGGUCUCAAAACGCGCAAAGACAGACGCGCCGCCGCCCACGGGCGCGUCUAACCCUUCGUCAGACGAAGCUAUGCUCGCGCAUGCAAAACGGACGGCCGCGUAUAUCCCCAUAUUGUCGCCGGAGAUUCUGCUGCCUCCCAAACUACCCACACGGGAGGAGAUGGAGACGUAUCUGCUGGAGCUGAGGAAGAAGGCGCUUGUGGAAGAGUACUUCGGGGACGAGCCGUGAGCACGUUCCUGCAUCUCCGCUUUCGUUCCGUGCUUGGACCGCAUGUAUCUGUAUCAACAUCGUCUUAUUGUAACGACUUGGCUGCAGGCUAUCUGCAAAUACC